AUGGAUGAUUCCUCUUCUACUGAUCUAGACUCUCAAGAAUCAUCUGUAUCUGAAGUCUUAUCAGAUUCAUCAUUUGAAUACAACUCAGAAGGAAACGCUCACAGUGUUAUCGAAAUUUCAACAAAGCAACCUCAGGGCAAACAUGAGUCAAAUAUUAAACCGCGUGUAUUUUGCAGCGACAAAAUGGAUAAUAGUUAUUAUAUUGCGAAAAAUAUUGGCAAAUUUACUUCAAUAAUGAAAUGGCGAAAUUUAGAUAAUUGUUGGAAAUCACCUUGCAUAAUACAUUCGAAUUGUUUACAAAUGCAAUGCUUUUCUGACCUACUUUUCGUUGCCUUUACAGAUAAUACAAUUUCAUUCAUCGAUUCUGAAAACGGAUGCCCUGCAUUACCAUCGAUAUUUAUUGAAAGUGGAAUUCAUACAAUGAAGUUAUGCAAAAGAAAUCAUCUUUGCAUCAUUUCUAAUGAUAAUACUAUUCGAAUUUGGAAAAUUUCUGGCUAUAACAGCUGCGAAUCAAUUUUCAAGCAUGUAUAUCCUCAAAAAUUACCAAAGAUUGUUCGCAUAAAACUUACAUUUUCAAAUGAAAAUCUGGAAAUUGUUCCAAUUCUAAUGUUUAACCAAGAAACUACAUAUUUUUCCCCGAGAGCUAAUUAUUGGGUAUCACUUACAAGAACUUUGCCUGAAGGAUUAGUUGAUACACGAACACCAGAAACAAUUUACCAACUGCAGAUUCAAUUAUUCGAGCAGAUGAGUUGUAAUGAGCCACAAUUUGUUGAUACGUUAUGUGAAAUAAUCAAAUCUCUUUCAAAUCCGAAAAUCAAUCUCAAAUAUUUAAUCUUAAAAUAUUUCCAUAAAUUGUUAACAUUGGCCAUCAAGCAUGAAACAUAUUGUAAAUUACAGAUGAGAACUAUAUUAGAAUCUGCAUUCCAAGUAAUUCAAGAUUCAUCUCCAGAAUUAGUUGAUUUUAUUGUAAGAUCUCCUGAAUAUGCUGUUCUUACGAGAGAAACAAACCCGGAUGUCAUUUCUCUUGAUACUGUUAUCAAUGAAUUGAAAAUGGAAAAUUAUUAUUAUCAAAAACCAGAAAAUCAUUGUAAUGAACACCAACUCAAGAAAGCAAAGGAAAAAGCCAAUGCAGCUCUUGAAAUUGCUUCGAAAGCUUCAGAGUUAGUAGAAAAUAUUCUUAAAAAUAUUGAUCAAAUUAUGAGAAAACAACAAGAAGAAUCGAAAUUGCCGAAAUUUGUUUCUGUUGAAGAGCAACAACACAGCAAAGUUAAAGAAAUUGCAAUUAAGACUGAUAAACCUCAGUUGAAUAUCAAUAAAAUCACAGGCCCAUUACAAAAGAAUGAACUUGAAAACUUCUUCGAAACAGAUGUCGGAAGAAUGACUUAUAAAGAAAUAAAUGAAAGGAAUGAUUACACGAAAAAUGCUAGAAGAAAUUAUCAGAAGUUUACUGAAUGCUACAACAAUGCAAAUCCACCAGAAAUCAAACCUAAAAAUACAUAUGCACGUCAAUCAAGACCAGAAAACACUGUUUUGCAAGCAAUUCGGCAAAUUUCUAAUCAAUAUACUCAAACACUUAAAACAACAACUGAAAAUACUGCAAAAAUAUCAAUUCCAAGAGAAAAUAAUGGAACUCGGCCAAUUGAUGUUACUAAAGAACCAAGCGAAGAAAACAUGGCUAUUUUGAAUAUUUCUCUUAGUGAUGGAAUGAUUAAUAGUUCUGAAGACAAAAACAUUCUUAAAAAACAAAGGAUUUCUAAUAGCAAGCAAACUGAUAAUAAUUCUGUGAAACCAUUUGAUGAAAACGCUGUUCAACAACAAUCGAAUUCUGAUAUUAGUUUAGUGAAACCAUUUGAUGAAAAAUCAAUACAAAAAUCUGAAGAAAAUAAGUCUUCUGAUGAAAAUAUUCUUCAAAAGCAGAAGACUUCUAAUAUUAGUUUAGUGAAACCAUUUGAUGAAAAAUCAAUACAAAAAUCUGAAGAAAAUAAAUCUUCUGAUGAAAACUUAAUUAAUAAAUCUGAUGAUAGUUCUAUUGAUGAAAACUUAGUGAAAAAUACUGAUGAGAAACAAAAUUCAAUUGAUAAUGAAUUCAUUGUAAACCUUACUUCAGAUACUGACAGUGAAAGUGAAGCUGAAAAAGAUGCUGAAGCUCUUGCAGAAAUGAAACCAAUUCAACUUAAAAAUCCAUUUUCAUUCCCUAUUCAAUCAAAGACUACAAAACCAACGAAGCCUUUGACAGCAACCAAACAGAUGCCAAUAUCUCCGUUCCUUGAAAUAAAUAAAAAACAACAAAACACAAUUAAUAAUCCUCCUGAAUCACAGAUUAAAUUACAACCAAUAUCUUUGAAAGAAUUACCAAAACAACAAAUUAAAAAUGAACAAAAACAAAUUAGCAAUCAACAGCAGAAGCAACAAUUGACUAAACCUCCUGUUGAAAAUACAGCUAAAGCUGAAGAACACAUUGAUGUUUUAGAGAUGAUGAUGAAUUUCAUUUCAAAUAAGAGACCAACACAAACAAAUCAAAAUCCAAAACCAAAGAUUGUUGAAUCAAAACCAAAAGAAAAUGUUGAACAGAAGAAACAGAUCUCGAUAAAUAAAGAAGAUUAUUUCUCAAUACCAAGUUUUCCAGAAUCAGAUGAUGAUGUUGUUGAAUUUAUCCAAGUAAAUAAAGCACCAUUCCAUCCUUUCAAACCUCUCCACACGAAGAAGAUCAGUAACCAAUCAAGUCCAACAAAAGAUAUCAUUCCUCAGUCUCUGUUUAUCCCUCCAGUUCCUUCUGCAACAAUAAUCAGACAAGAAGUAAUUGCAGAAAGAGCUCAAAAACAAGCUGAAUUAGAAAAACUGAAAAAUGAAUCAAAUAAUAAUGAUCAACAAUCAAAUCCUGCUCAACAACCAGCUCCACAGAAUCAAAAUCAACAACUCCCAACAAACAUUCAAAGAACUAAUUCUGUUCAAAAUCAACAAAUCUCAGCAGCUUCUUCUCAGUUUUAUCACCCGACGAAUCAGCAAAAGAUUAAUUCUGUUCAAAAUCAACAAAUUGCAGCAAAUACUCAAAGAAUUACUCCUGUUCAAAAUCAACAAAUUGCAACAAACACCCAACAAAUCAAAAGUGUUCAAAAUCCAUCAGCUGCAACAACUCCUUCUCAGUUAAUUCAACAGACAAAUUUGCAAUCCAAUGCUCAAAAGAUUAGUUUUGUUCAAAGCCAAGAGAACCAACCAAAAUUAUUGCCAAAUAAUCAACAAACAAAUAAUGUUCAAACUCAACAGAAUCCUGCAACUAUAUCACAAGCAAAGAAUGUUCAGAGUCAAUCAAGUACUCAACCACCAACUGUAAAUAAUCAACAAGCUGUCAAUAAACCACCUGUUCAACAGCAAACUCAAAAUAUCCAACAACAAAACACAGUUCAAAUUCAACCAUCUCCAUCUAAAAAUCAGCCAAAACCCGGUUCCUCAAAUACAAAAGGAAAUUCUAAUUUCCGACAAGCAAGACUUCAGAAUACUCCUGUUUUGCCACCACCUCAACCAAAAACAGUAAGUAAUACUUACCAACCGCAGCGGACUACUGGAAAUUACCUGCAGCAACAGCAGCUAUCAGCAAUUGAAAUUGUUAAGAAACCGGGAGAACUAAAGAAAUAUUAUUCAGAAAUUGAAAUGUUGAGACAAAAUUUGAUAAAUAAGAAUCCAACAGAUUCAAACAGUAAAACAAUUCUUAAUGCAUUAACAAAAACGAUGCAAAAUACAAUUACACAAUCUCAACAAAUGCAAAGUAAUUUGUUGAAAAUCGCUGGUCCAGUUCUUCCAAGGAAUGCAAUUCUCCAAUUAUUGGAAUCCACCUGUAUAACUUCAAUUACUCAACUAGUUUAUAAUAUUCCUGCUGUUCAACAAAAUACAACCAAUUCUAAUAUUCAGAGUUUGCAAAAAACUGAUGUUCAAAAUCAACAGUUUCAAAAGACAGAUAAAGUUUCAAAAGAUUAUGAAGAAGAUAAAUCUGAUUCUGAAGAACCUUCUUUCCCUGAAGAAGAAUCUCAUCCUUCAUCUACAGAUAGCAGCGAAGAAUUGUACAAUCGCGAAGAAGAAUCAACAGAAAGCAGUGAAAAACUAUCAGAAGGUUAUGGUAAAUACAGCGCUGAUGGAGUAAAAAUAUUAGAACAGACAACACAAUUAAAACAAAGCAACGAAGAUGUUGAAGAAAAUGUAAUUCAUCCUCAACAAAGUGAAGUUAAAAUUGCAAUAAGCAAAGUCAAAGAAAAAACACCUGCUAAAACUGAUCAAAAGCAUGAAGUAAAAAAGAAACAAAGGAAAAAGAACAAAUAUUCUGGAAUUCCUUUAGGUGAACAGCCGAAAGUUGAAGACAGAAUGUCGGAGUACAUUAGGGCUUAUAACAGUCAAACAACCAAACCUCCGACUGUUACUAAACUUUCUGAAAGCUCUGAUGAUUCUAGUUCAAAUUAA